CUCGCAGAUACACGCAACGUGUUACACACGCAACUUGCUUGUCCUCGUGCAUUGAUCAAUCAGGCUAGUGACGCGUAUAGAUAGAACGCUUGAAUUCUCGGGUAUAUAAGCAAUCCGCCAAAAAGCAGGAGCAUCAUUCAGUAACUGUUCAUCAGCAGCUGAUCUCUCCCCAAAGCAAUCCAAUCAACCAUGAAGUGGUUUGUUGCUGUUCUCCUUGUGGCUCUGUUCGCCAUUGUCAUGGCGGUGGAGCAGGCACCUGAGGUCAAGAAGGUUGCCACAGAGAAAGAGACCACCGAUGCAGCCAGAGAUAAAAGAGGCCUCGUGUACGGCUCAGCAUACGCACCACUUUCAUAUGCAUCACCAUAUGCAUACAGCUACCCGUACAGCUUGCCGUACGCUUACUCUUCGUACGCCUAUCCUUCCUAUUAUCGCUACCCUUACUACAGUUCUCCCUACAUAGUAGUCUAGGACGGUGGCUGGAAUCUACGGUGAGGCCAAGAUGCAGGACAAAUCAUGGAAAUCACGGAAAAUUUUGCUCAAAUUGUAUGCAUUCAUUCAAUUUCUAAUCGUCCCUCAAAUUUUUGGUAACCAGAAACGUGAGGUUGAGUUCUUUGGCUACCGAUAAUUUUCAUCAUUAUAUUCAUUGUAAUAAUAAAAUAACGCUUAGUAUAUAAAAAAA